UACAGUCGUGGACGCGACGUGACACAGUAGUUUCUAUCAAAUUUCCAAUCAAUCCAAUUCCAAACAAAACGAGAAUCUGAUUCUCAGAGAUUUUCCGUCUCCAUUUCAGAAUCGAAUCAAACUAGGAAGUCAUACCCAACCCUUCCCAGCGCUACUCUUAAUCCACGCUCAUUCGUUUUCAUUUCUUCUUCAUUCUCUUCGCAUUUCGUUUCACAUCAUUUCGUUGAAAUUAGGAAGAAAUGGAGGGAACAGUGUUUACUCCAUCAUUGGAAGCAAUGAAGCAUGUCAAAUCUGAACAAGGGGAAAUGCUCACCAAGCCUUUCUUGGAUGUUUGCAAAUUGAUUUUGCCCGUUAUAGAUAAAUUUGGAGCUGCCCUUGCCCUUGUAAAGUCUGAUAUUGGUGGUAAUAUAACGAGGUUGGAAAAUAAAUAUUUAUCCAAUCCCACUGAAUUUGAGAAGUUAUACAGCUUGGUACAAGUAGAAAUUUCAGCGAAAACUUCCAAAGGAUCAUCUAGUUGUACCAAUGGUCUUCUCUGGUUGACGAGAGCAAUGGAUUUCCUGGUGGAAUUGUUUCGCAACUUACUUGCACAUCCAGAUUGGACAAUGUCACAAGCUUGUACAGACUCCUAUACUAAGACCCUGAAGAAAUGGCAUGGCUGGCUUGCAAGUGCAAGUUUCACGGUUGCUAUGAAGCUUGCACCAGAUAGGAAGAAGUUCAUGGAUGUGAUAGGUGGCUCUGGUGAUAUAAAUGCUGACAUGGAGAAAUUUUGUGCUAACUUUUCUCCAUUUCUUGAAGAGAACCACAAGUUUCUGGCCAGUGUUGGCAUGGAUGAUCUGAAAGCUUCAUGAUUGGAAGAAUUCUCUGCUUCGCAGCUGUUGUUUACAUGUACUGUAUUAUUAUUAUUAUUAUUUUCUUUCGCUUUCUAAACAUCCUGACAUGACAAAUAAUCAAUGACUUGGAUCUAUACUGGCCUUCUAGGAGCCGCUUUGGCUUCAACUUUUACAUGUACUUGCUGCUAUAUAAAGUUCUAGUUAAUACAUGUUUGAUUUCAGACUGGCAA